ACAAGUAAUUGUUUAUCUAUUCAGAAAUUUUCGCUACAACAUGUCAUCAAUUUUCUUGUUGUUUCUGAUAAUUGGAACUGCUAGCGCAGUAUUUACAAACAAUUGUAUGAAAUGUAUUUGCGAGGUUGAAGGUUGUGAGAGUCAAAUUGGAAAAUGUAGGUGGGACGUAAAUUCGGAUUCCUGCGGACCUUAUCAAAUAAAAGAAGGUUAUUGGACUGAUUGCGGCAGACCCGGAGGCGGCUGGAGGGUUUGCACAAAACAAAUGGCUUGUUCAGAAACUUGCGUAAAAGGAUAUAUGAAUCGCUACGGAAAGUUUUGCACCAGAGGUCGUGAACCAGUUUGCAAAGAUUACGCUAUGAUUCAUAACGGAGGACCAACUGGUUGUAGAAAAAAUUUGAUUAACUACUGGAAUAAGGUGCAAGCUUGUUGCAACCGUGUUGGAGGUUGUUAA